GCUUUCUGAGUGAGAUUUUUGAACGUUGUGUGGUGAGGGUUUGUUUGAUGUUGAAGUGACGACGUACCAGUUAGUGGCAACAUGUAAUUUACUUGACAAGGACCAGCAACAGCUGUAACGAUAGCUGUUCUUGCCCUCCCAUCUCACCGCCAUGGAUGAACAAAAGACGCCGCUGUUACAACCAAAACAUGAUGAAAUCAAUCCGGUCUACUCCUCGGUCGAUCGCCCUCCCGCGGGUUCCUCGACCCUGGGUGCGACACCCGAGGUCGUCAUCGAGAGUGACAUGGACAUCAAAGUGUACCGACGUCGCUGGUACAUCCUCCUCGUGUACUCCCUGUUCGCCGGGACGCAGGGGGGCGUGUGGAACACGUGGGGACCCAUUUCCACGUCGGCCUAUGAUGUGUUUGGCUGGGGGUCGUCCGAUAUAUCGCUGCUCACAGACUGGGGACCCAUCUCCUACCUGAUCAGUGCUGGUUUCUUCUCCUGGAUGAUAGAAACCAAGGGUUUGCGCUGGGCUUGUCUGUCCAGUAUGUUGCUGAUCGCCGUGGGUUGCGGACUUCGAUGUAUAUCGUCAACACUCCCUGCAGUCACGUGGCUCGUUAACACGGGUCAUUUCCUUAAUGGUUUGGGUGGCCCCAUCGCCAUGGCAGCCCCUCCUGUUCUCUCUGCUGUGUGGUUCCCUCCCAAAGAAAGAACAACGUGCACUGCAGCAUCGUUUGCCAUCACUAACAUCAUGAUGGCUUGUGUUUUUAUUCUUGGUCCCUUGCUGGUUCCUCAGGGUACAAAUAGCACAUGUUCAGGCAAUCAUACUCAUCAUAAAAAUGUAACAGAUUUUGACUUGUAUGAAAUACCAGAAACUGCUCCAUUUUGGGACAAUAACAAUUGUACCAAUUCUUCAGGAAAUAUUGAAGAAGAAAGAAAUGGUAUUAUGUUUUUGAUGUAUGUAGAGUUUGGCUGGUCUCUGGCCAUACUGCUCCUAAUGUUGGUCUACUUCCCGAAGAAGCCACCGAGACCACCGUGUGUUACAGCGUCCCUGGCACGUGAGAAGUUCUGGACGGGUUUCAAGAAAUUAUUUAGCAAUGGCCAGUUUUGGCUGCUAGCCCUGGUGUAUGGUGUGGCGCUGGGCGUGGUUAACUGCUGGGCUAGUGUUCUCGAUGUCAACCUCGCACCGCUGGGCAUCAGCGAGAUGGAGGCUGGUUUUAUAGGCUUCUACUCCACCUGUAGCGGAUGUGUAGCAUCUCUCAUUGUAGCCAGAUGUGCCGAUUUAUUCUCCAAGCACUUGAAGUGGUUUAUACUCAGUCUCUUCGUCAUAAGUUGUGGUUUUUUCACCUGGUUCGCGCUGGCCUGUGCUGCUAUUGUACCCUCGUCAACAGCUAUUUUAUACGUGACGGUCAUCAUAGGCAUGACGGCGGUGAACGCGGCUGUUCCGCUGAUCUUCGAGAUGUCGUGUGAGCUGACGUACCCGAUCGGCGAGGGAACAACCAACGGAGUUCUCACCACCGUCAACAACCUCGGUGGACUCAUCUUCCUGGGCGUAUUGAUGAUACCAGAUAUACAUACCAUGUGGAUGAAUUGGACGGUUCUAGGUGCCGUGGGGAUCUGCAUACCUCUGCUGGUUUUACUGCAGGAAUCCUACGUGCGCUUCAAUAUUGAUGCAUCAACUCCCAAUUUACAUGAAAGAAAAACUUUGCAAUAAGUCUCUUUUUUUUCUUCUUUUUUUUUUUAACUCUAGUAUCAAUUAUAAAAAUUUGUUAAAUUAUUUCUAUUUAGUAGUAAGGUAGUCCUUUUACUACCAAUUAUAAAAAUAUAAAUGUGUGAAGUUAUUGAUAUAUGAACUUUGGUUAGGCAUAUUGAUGCAUCAACUCCCAAUUUACAUGAAAGAAAAACAUUGCAAUAGGUCCUUAAUUGUUUGUUUUUUCCUUAAUUCUUGUAUCGAUUAUAAAAAUGUGUUAAAUUAUUUGUAUUUAGUAAAAGUAAAAUUUAACAAUUAGCAUAGUCCUUUAACUACCGAUUAUAAAAUACAAUGUGUGAAGUUAUUGAUAUACGCACUUUGGUCAGGCAUCUUUCCAACAAGGAAAUAUUGGACUCGAGUACUCAAGGGUCAAACUCAACCCGGACCCGAGUACCCAACACUAGAAGAUAAUAAUGAGACUAAGGAAUAAAGUCGGUGUUCUCGCUGCUCCAUUUAAGCGGGGCGCCCUGCCCCGUUAUUCCAUUUUGCCACCCUCCUUUCACGUUCCCCACCCUCCUUUAUUUUUGAGUGCCCCUCUUUAUUUUCCAGCACCUAUCUCUGCUAUUUCCAAAUGCACUUUUUUCCACACAAAAAACAACGAU